GCGCUACAACUUUUGUACCAAAAACGUGAGCUUGGACCCUAUGCAACAACGCAAAAAGUAUUCGAUGAACAAGUGUUUGUCAAUUUGCCGUUAUAAUUGAAAUCAAAUUGUCUUCUGAAUUAUCGUAAAUUUAUCAAUGUUAAUAUGGCUUCGGCUAAACUCGAUUGGGGAAAAUAUGUGGACGAACAGGAGAAACUAUCCGCGAAGGUGUCAAACUUAAAUAUAGACAAGCAACUUAAAGAGAACACAACUAAUACAGAGUCCAAGAGCGACGAUGGCUCAGAUGAACUUAUUUCACCUGCAGAAAAAUCAUUACUGCAAAAAAUUAUACGUAAGGGUUUGGUGGAAACAACGAAGGAUUUAAAAAUUCAAAGGAAAGAUCCAUCCUCACCUUUGUAUAGCGUCAAAUCAUUUGAAGCGCUUCACCUUAAACCAGCUUUAUUAAAAGGAGUAUAUGCUAUGGGAUUCAAUGCUCCAUCUAAAAUUCAAGAAACUGCAUUACCUACUUUACUAGCUGACCCACCUCAGAAUAUGAUUGCUCAGUCACAGUCUGGAACUGGUAAAACUGCAGCAUUUGUGUUGGCAAUGCUUAGCAGAGUUGAUACUAAUAAGAAUUAUCCUCAAGUACUUUGUUUAUCACCAACUUACGAAUUAGCUAUACAAACAGGAGAAGUAGCAGCAAAAAUGUCUGCAUUUUGUAAUGAAAUCAAAAUAAAAUACGCUGUUAGAGGAGAAGAAAUAAGUCGUGGAUCGAAAAUCACGGAACACAUCAUCAUAGGAACACCAGGAAAAGUUUUAGACUGGGCUGUUAAAUUCAAAUUUUUUAAUUUGAACAAAAUAUCAGUUUUUGUUUUAGACGAGGCAGAUGUAAUGAUUGCAACACAAGGUCAUCAAGAUCAGUGUAUUCGAAUUCAUAAGCAACUUCCGCGUACAUGCCAAAUGAUGUUUUUUUCUGCAACAUAUGAACCGGAAGUAAUGAAAUUUGCAGAAAUUAUAGUUAAUAAUCCUUUAAUAAUAAGAUUAUUAAAAGAAGAAGAGAGUUUAGAUAACAUUAAGCAAUAUUAUGUCAAAUGCAAGGACUUGGAUGAAAAAUAUACAGCCAUUACUAAUAUCUAUGGUGUAAUAACAAUAGGGCAAGCGAUCAUUUUUUGUCACACUAGGAAAACAGCUAACUGGUUAGCAGAAAAAAUGACGAAAGAUGGACAUGCGGUAGCCGUUUUAUCUGGUGAACUAACAGUUGAACAAAGAAUAUCCGUUUUGGAUCGAUUUAGAGCUGGUCUUGAAAAAGUUCUCAUCACGACAAACGUUUUAGCAAGAGGAAUCGAUGUCGAACAAGUGACAAUAGUAGUCAAUUUCGAUCUACCGAUGGACCAAAAUCGGCAAGCUGAUUGUGAAACAUACUUACACAGAAUUGGCCGAACAGGAAGGUUUGGUAAAUCUGGAAUUGCCAUUAAUUUAAUUGACUCACCACACGCAAUGGAAUUAUGUAAAGACAUAGAGAAACAUUUUGGAAAAAGAAUACACUAUCUCGAUGCGGAUGAUGCGGAUGAAAUAGAAAAAAUUGGAGCUUAAAUUAAUCCAUAAAAAAUAUAAUUAUGCUUUUGACAUUUAAUAUGAUAGAUAUAUUGUAAUACUUGCGAAGAGAAUAGACCUUUGUAUUCUUAAUACCAAUUCUUUGUAUUUCUUUUCCAAUAGCACAUAUUACCGACAAAUGUCAUAUCUAUAAUUUAUUUUACGAUUUUAUAAAUAUUGAUUAUUUUAUACCGCACCUAAACGUGGCAAUUGGAUCAGGAAUAUUAUAGAAUUCAAAAGUAUACAAAAUAAAAGAAUAUUUUUGUAUAAUACAUAUACGAUAAAGUGAGUUUUUUUUUUAUAUAAUAGGAAAUGUUGUAAUGUCUUCAUUUUAAUCAAGCUUUUAUAAAAGAGCAUUCUAUCAUGUCAAAUUAUUCCUUGUAGAUUCUUUAAAUUUUAAUAAAUAGAGGGGAGUUUUUCUCAAAUGAGAAGAAUGUACAUUUUAACAUACAUUUAUUGAGACUAAAAAAUGAAAAAUAAAUUGUAACACUUACAAAAAGUAUGCGACACUUCUAUUUUUACCCUAUUGCGAUGAUUGCGAUACACACGUCUGUACACUUGCAUUUUCAUUCAUCUACACAGACAGGAAAUUAUAUAAAAUGCACCAGAAAUUAUUAUUUCUAUUCCGAACUAUUUAAAAAUUCGUGAACAGAUACAUUUUAUUUUUUGGCGAGAUCAAUGAUAAAAAGUAAACAAAAUUGUUUAUUGUGUACAAUUUAAUAAAUGUUUUCGAGACACAAAUAAAUGG